GACUCGCUCUGACAGCGGCAAUUGCUCAAAGCUUAAUGAUAUACAUUAACAUACACCGUUGAUGUUCCCUGCCCAUAAUAGACCCAGAGUGCUGCCAUUCUACUCCCAUUGAGCUGUAUAAUAAUUCUGUACCACAAGCCAUAAUUGCAGCCAUAGAAAUACUAGUCCAAUCUGCUACUCCAACGGAACGGAACAGUCUCGGCUUUCCCACCGCCAAUUUCUCCAAUCUCCCCUCCGCACCCCUCACCUAUACAAUUUUACAAGCAUAGCGCAGACGAGUUCCUCCUCCCCACAGCGCCUGCCUCUCUUCGCCCGAAACGGACCCCAGAGUGUAUAGAGGCUAUGUCGUCACCGGAAACAACAAUAAUGGCCCCAUCUCCCGCCAGAACGGCUACGCUCGUCUCAAACCUUGCCUCCGUAACAUCCCGUGUCCGAACAGCCUCCGCUAAACUCUCCCCCGCAAAAGAAUCCCCCGUGCGCCUCGUUGCGGUCUCGAAGCUUAAGCCGGCCUCUGAUAUUCUCGCGCUGCACAAUCAACCCACAGACCAUUCCCAUUUCGGCGAAAAUUACCUCCAAGAGCUACAAGAGAAAGCACGACUCCUGCCUCCUACGAUAAAAUGGCACUUUAUUGGUGGACUGCAGUCUAAUAAGUGUGUUACUCUGGCGAGAGAUACGCGAGCGCUCUGGGCUGUUGAAAGCGUGGACAGUGAGAAGAAAGCGGGCCUGUUGGAUAGAGGGUGGGGGGAGAGGAAACCGGAUUUAGGUGGGGAGGAGAAGCUGAGGGUGUUUGUGCAGGUUAACACCUCUGGUGAAGAGAAUAAGAGCGGUGUUGAGCCUGAGGACGGGGUGAUUGGGUUGUGUCGGUACAUUAGGGAGAAAUGUCCGCGGCUGAGGCUACAGGGGCUGAUGACCAUUGGGGCGAUUGCGAGAUCCAAGGCGACAACAGCAGAGAAUGAGAAUGAAGAUUUUGUCUCUUUGAAAGAGGCACGGAAUUGCGUGGUUAGGGCUCUCGGCUUAAAGGGGGAUGAGGCGCAACUGGAGUUGAGUAUGGGGAUGAGUGAAGACUUUGAAGGGGCGAUCGUGCUGGGGAGUGACGAAGUGCGUGUCGGGACAACGAUCUUUGGGGACAGACCACCUAAGGAUCAGGCUAAGGUUGUUUGAUAGGUGAAUCAACCAAUUGUAUUGCUACACAGACAAGCUUGCAUUCCGUGGCAUGCUCAAAACAUUAUGUCCUCUAAUUAAUAUCAAUAAAUACAACAUCAAAACUACCCAAAUGCAGCUGCACAGGACAGUAAGGCUGAAAAAGGCAUAGGGGCCAGUUCUAGUAGCCUAUA